UAUUCCCCGGGAAGAAGAACACCUAACCGCAGGGCCCUCCCUCCCUACAGGGAAGAUCACCUCGCGGAGGGGGCCUCAUCUUGCGGACGGAGCCUCAACUGAGCCGCAAAUGCGGCGCACCUAUGCGUUUAUGCGGCGCAAUUAGUGUGGCGCGGCACGGUUUCGCCGCUGCGCCUCAUCAUCUAACUUUGCGUGGGGCCUCAAGUUGGCCAGGGACGGCCCUGCCUAACCGCCAGGUAGAGCUCAGCCCCUCCCCCAGGAGCAGCCCGCCCCUCCCCGGCAGCCUGGCUCACCUUACCCCGCUCUGACACUCGAUGCCAGGCACAAAAGGCUCCUGGAGAUAAACGGUCAGAGGUCUCUCCAGGUCGAAAUGGAGCCGGUGUACCGGGGGCUGGGCCGCUGUGUGUGCUGCUUCUGGCUCGCGGUAGCCUUUGACAUCGUGGGGCUUCUGGUCCUGCUGCUCGGGGUGUUCGUGAACGUCUUCUUCUAUGACCUGCUCAUAUACGCGGGAGCCAUCGUCAUCUUCCUCAGCCUCAUCUGGUGGGUGUUCUGGUACUCCGGGAACAUCGAGGUGCCCCCCGCGGAACUGGAGGAUGAUGUGGGGUUACUGAAGAAGGACCGCGGGGUUCUGGGCGGCCUCAGCGGGGCGGUGCGGCGCCUCUCCAGUCGCGUGACCUCCGGCAUCAGGACAUCCUUCCGCAGGAACGGAGCACCGGCCCGCGCGACCAGGUCAGAAGGGGCCGAGCAGGUGGCUGUUGCCAUGACAACGAUGACCCCACAGGAGCACACCCCGCGAACUCCUGUCUCAUCAGUGGGGGGCUGUGACGUAGAGAUGCCUGCAGAAGGGAGAGGAAUACCUGAGGCUGUGGCAGGGAGGACUCUUAUCUCCGCUCACACAUUAACAGACACGCCCGUGGUUUGAACAAUGGCCGACUCACCUGAACCUGCUCUGAUCUCAACCCUCACCCUCCAGACCUCCUCCACUUUUAUACUGUUUGUGAGUUUCAUGAGACAUUUUUAAUAAUUAAUAAUGAUAUGUGGAAAAUUUGUUUUUUGAGUCUUUGUUAAAUACUUUGUUAAAAUGUAUACUUUCCUAAUAAAUGUGUUUGAAUCAG